UUCUGUAUCUUUAUUCACUCCUCUCUGUGCUGCUCCCACUGCGGAUUGGGCUGCCGGAAUGACACUGAACGCCCGCAAAGCUCUCUUUUAAAAUGAGUGCCACCGGCCUUCUUGUAACUACCUCUCAUUUCCCUGUCUGAGCCUGGAGCUGGGAGAGGUUCUUUUAGAGACGGAGUUGAUAGAAGAAUAAAGUGGGCAAAGAUCGUGCUGAAUUGGACAAAAGCAUAAACGUGGAUGUAAGUGGAGGCAUUUUGUUCAUCUGCAGCGAGAGAGUCCAGGAGCAGCGUGCACAGCCUUGAAAAAGAAACAGAGAUGGCUUUACUCAGGCACAAAAAUGCAAGGAGGAUUGAAGGCCUCGAUAAGAAUGUGUGGACUGAAUUUACCAAAUUGGCUGCUGAGCCAGGAGUGGUCAACCUCGGUCUGGGGUUCCCAGACGUGCUACCUCCUUCCCAUGUGUGUGAAGCACUGGCUGGCGCAAUAGCAGGAGAAAAUUUCAUGCUGAAUCAGUACACACGAGGGUUUGGUCAUCCUCUGUUAGUGAAGGCACUAGCUGAACUAUACGGACAUGUUUGUGGACGAUCGAUCAAUCCGAAUAAAGAUAUUGUGGUAACAGCGGGCGGGUACGGUUCUCUCUCACACUCCAUACUCGGAUUCAUAGAUGAAGGAGAUGAGGUGAUAAUCAUUGAGCCGUUUUUUAACUGUUACGAACCAAUGGUUAAAAUGGCUGGAGGGGUCCCUGUCUUCAUUGCUUUAAAACCUAGGCCAGCGAAAGUUGAAGGGGAUGUGAGUGACAGUGGUGACUGGACUCUCGACCAAGAUGAACUUGCCAGUAAAUUUAAUUGCCGGACUAAAGCAAUUAUCAUUAACACACCCAAUAACCCAUUGGGUAAGGUAUUUAAGCCGGAAGAGCUGAAGGUGAUCGCUGACCUGUGCAUUAAACAUGAUGUCCUCUGCAUCAGUGAUGAAGUGUAUGAGUGGCUCGUGUACAGCGGACAUCAGCACGUAAAAAUAGCCACGUUGCCAGGAAUGUGGGAAAGGACUAUUACAAUAGGAAGUGCUGGCAAAGCCUUUAGUGUGACUGGCUGGAAGCUUGGUUGGUCUAUUGGUCCAGAGCACCUGAUCAAACAUCUUCAGACUGUUCAACAGAAUACUGUUCACUCAUGCUGCACCGCGGUCCAGGAAGCUGUUGCUCGAGGUAUUCAGAAGGAAUAUAGCCGCUUGAAGGAGCAGGAGCAGGAUUGCUACUUCACGUCGUUGGUCCGCGAGCUGGAACUCAAGCGGAAUCGCAUGGCAGAUGUGCUUCUUGCCUGCGGGAUGAGGCCAGUCAUCCCCGAAGGAGGAUACUUCAUGAUUGCCGACAUUUCUGGUAAAAAUGUCGAUCUCUCCAAGAUGGAAGGCGACGAGCCUUAUGAUAACAAAUUUGUGAAAUGGAUGAUUAAGAACAAGAAACUGGCAACUAUCCCUGUGACCUCAUUUGUCAGUGACCAAAGCAAGAGUCUUUAUGAGAAAUAUAUUCGCUUCUGCUUUAUCAAGCAAGAUAGUACUUUGGAUUCAGCAGAGGCCAUUCUGAAGAACUGGAAAUGAAAGCCAUGCCUUCACUGAAUUCUGGUCAUUGUCGUGAAAGAAUGCAUCAAACCGUAGUGGCCUCAAAUUUCUUCUCAAAUAAACAAAUAACCUUUACUACUUUAUUUUGUUAAAGCCCAGAUGAUUUGGUCAAAUAAUGGAAAGAACUGGCGGUCUGUUAAACACUGUUUUAAAAUGAAACUUCAUCUUUUCGAUUGGUGUUCUUUCUCACUGCUGUGGCACAUGUAAAGAAUAAAAUGCGUACAGUACCCACCCGGCAAGCAUCAUGGGUUGUGCCACUGUCUCUGCUCACAGCCUCCUCUGCAGGCUGGAUUGCAUGGCACAGGGAGGAAACGGGAAAAAUCUUCCCUGAGGCAUUUGCUUCUACUGCAUGGACUUGAAAAGGAAGGAAGCAAUUGAACUGAAGGUGAAGUGGAUCAGUACCCGUGUCUUGAUUUUUAGUGAGACGCUGCACCUACUGAUAGCCAAUGAACUUUUUGUUGUUAUCCAAACAAAGGCGGAACUAUAUUCACCUGUAAUCACUGGCCGUUUGAUCAGCUACUGCAGAUAGAGGUAAUGUUACACCCACUGGGGCCUGCAGAAGUUUGGGCACCCCUGGUCAAAAUUUCUGUUACUGUGAAUAGUUAAAUAAGUAGAAGAUGAACUGAUCUCCAAAAGUCAUAAAGUUAAAGAUGAAACAUUCUUUUCAACAUUUGAAGCAAGAUUAGUGUAUUAUUUUUGUUUAGUACAAUUUGAGAGUGAAAAAAAGGAAAGGAGCUCCAUGCAAAAGUUUGAGCACCCCAAGAGAUUUGAGCUCUCAGGUAACUUUUACCAAGGUCUCAGACCUUAAUUAGCUUGUUAGGGCUAUGGCUUGUUCACACUCAUCAUUAGGAAAGGCUAGGUGAUGCAAAUUUCAAAGCCUUAUAAAUACCCUGACUCCUCAAACCUUGUCCCAACAAUCAGCGGCCAUGGGCUCCCCUAAACAGCUGCCUAGCACUCCGAAAAUUAAAAUAAAUGAUGCUCACAAAGCAAGAGAAGGCUGUAAGAAGAUAGCAAAGCGUUUUCAGGUAGCCGUUUCCUCAGUUCGUAAUGUAAUUAAGAAAUGGCAGUUAACAGGAACGGUGGAGGUCAAGUUGAGGUCUGGAAGACCAAGAAAACUUUCCAAGAGAACUGCUCAUAGGAUUGCUAAAAAGGGAAAUCAAAACCCCCGUUUGACUCAAAAGACCUUCAGGAAGAUUUAGCAGACUCUGGAGUGGUGGUGCACUGCUCUACUGUGCAGUGACACCUGCACAAGUAUGACCUUCAUGGAAGAAUCAUCAGAAGAAAACCUUUCCUGCAUCCCCACCACAAAAUUCAGCGUCAGGAGUUUGCAAAGGAAUAUCUAAACAAGCCUGAUGCAUUUUGGAAACAAGUCCUGUGGACUGAUGAAGUUAAAAUAGAACUUUUUGGCUCCAAUGAGCAAAAGUAUGUUUGGAGAAAAAAGGGUGCAGAAUUUCUUGAAAAUAACACCUCUCCAACUGUUAAGCACGGGGGUGGAUCGAUCAUGCUUUGGGCUUGUGUUGCAGCCAGUGGCAUGGGGAACAUUUCACUGGUAGAGGGAAGAAUGAAUUCAAUUAAAUACCAGCAAAUUCUGGAAGCAAACAUCACACCAUCUGUAAAAAAGCUGAAGAUGAAAAGAGGAUGGCUUCUACAACAGGAUAAUGAUCCUAAACACACCUCAAAAUCCACAAUGGACUACAUCAAGAGGCACAAACUGAAGGUUUUGCCAUGGCCCUCACAGUCCCCUGACCUAAACAUCAUCAGAAAUCUGUGGAUAGACCUCAAAAGAGCAGUGCAUGCAAGACGGCCCAAGAAUCUCACAGAACUAGAAGCCUUUUGCAAGGAAGAAUGGGCGAAAAUCCCCCAAACAAGAAUUGGAAGUCUCUUAGCUGGCUACAGAAAGUGUUUACAAGCUGUGAUACUUGCCAAAGGGGGUGUUACUAUGUACUGACCAUGCAGAGUGCCCAAACAUUUGCUUUGGGCCCUUUUCCUUUUUUGUUAUUUUGAAACUGUAAAAGAUGGAAAUAAAAAAGUAAUCUUGCUUAAAAAUAUUAAAGAAAUAUGUUAUCUUUAACUUUAUGCCUUUUGGAAAUCAGGUCAUGUUUUACUCGCUUAGCUAUUCACAGUAACAGAAAUUUUGACCGGGGUGCCCAAACUUUUGCAUGCCACUGUAUAUAAGACCUCAGUUAAACCCCACUUGGAGUACUGUGUUCAGUUCUGGUCACCUCAUUACAGGAAGGUUGUGGAUGCUAAGAGAGCGUGCAGGGAUGUUGCCUGGAUUGGGGAGCAUGCCUUAUGAGAAUAGCUUGAGUGUACUUGGCCUUUUCUCCUUGGAGCAACAGAGAAUGAGGGGUGACCUGAUAGAGGUGUAUAAGAUGAUGAGAGGCAUUGAUUGUGUGGAUAGCCAGAGGCUUUUUGCCAGGAGUGAGAUGGCUAACAGAGGAGAUAUAGUUUUAAGGUGCCUGGAAGUAGGUACAAGGGGGAUGCCAAAGGUAAGUUUUUCACACAUAGAGUGGUGGGUGUGUGGAAUGCACUGCUAACAAAAGUAGAGGCGGAUACAACAGGGUAUUUUAAGAGACUCUUAUAUAGGUACAUGGAGCUUAGAAAAAUAGAGGGCUAUGCAGUAGGGAAAUUCUAGCACAAACACGAGGUGACACGAGGCAAACACGAGGCAACUUCUAGAGUAGGUUACAUGGUCGACACAACAUUGUGGGCCCAAUGUGCUGUAGCUUUUCUGUUUUACUUGCUCAUAGACACUCACACCAAAGGAGUUGAUCAGGCCUGUUCAUUGUGCAGGGACUCAGGGGAAUGGGGAGGUCACACUGAAGAGUUCAAGUCCCCUUUGCUCUGCAGUUUUCCUCUCCUCCAUUGCAGCUUUUAAGCCACGAUGAUGUAGCUCCCCAACUGUAGCGGUUACUUGAGAACAAACUAUAAAACCGCUGACAGACUGUGUACUGGAGUUAACACUGUAUGACACGCCUCCAAAUAACUGCGUUCCAAGUAAAAGAAAAGUACUUUGAUCCUUUAUUCCGAAACAAGCAAAAACUAACGAUCUUAUAGCGAUAAAAAACUAACUGAACUAAAUUCGCAAUAUAGCAAAAUAAAAGUAAUUAGUGCAACUAAGCAACCAAUAAAAAAUAUCACCCCGACUCACUCCCUCUCAACUAAACUUAAACAAACUAACUAACUAAACUGCUAUCAUGAGAGGCUGGAUAAACCUGGGUUGUUUUCGCUGGAGAGGACAGGCUGAGGGAAGAUCUGAUGGAGGUUUAUAAGAUAGAGUAGACAGACAGCAUCUGUUUCCCAGGGUUGAAAUGUCUAAUACCAGAAGGUAUGCAUUGAAGAUGAGAGGGGGUAAGUUCAAAGGGGAUUUGAGGGUAAGUGUUUUACUCAGAGAGUCAUAGAUGCCUGGAAUGUGCUGCCUGGUAUUGUGCUAGACACAUUAGAUAUUUUUAAGAGAUGUUUAGAUAGGCACAUGGAUAUAAGGAAGAUGGAGGGCUAUGGACAUGGUGUAGGUAGGAGGGAUUAGUAUUUGGGUGUUUUUGAUUUGCUUUUCAGCUGGUUCGGCACAACAUUGUGGGCCGAAUGGCCUGUUCCUGUGCUGUACUGUUGUAUGUUCUAUGUAAAACAGUACUCAUUUGCAUCUACCUCAUCCCAACGCAUGUCAAAUUACCAUACUCCAUAAUAAACGUGCAACACAAAAUACAAUAUAGACAUAAAGUCGAUACAUGUCUCCGUCACCAAUGUUCAGUGAAACAGUGACGUGACAGCUGUGACUUGCAUGCGGAUGUCCCAAGUGAGGAAUUAUUGCUACUUUCCACAUUGCUGUUGCCUAAUUUGGGGGAAUAGGGAGUGAAAUGGUGCCAUAAGACUGAUUAGCACACCAACCUCCCUGUAGAUUCCCAUCUACCAUAUUGAUAUGGGGUUUGUUAUUGUCAAAUGUACCAAGAUACAAUGAAAAGCUUGUCUUGCAUACUGUUCAUACAGUCCAAAUCAUUAUUGAGCUAAAAUAUGGUAAAACAAUAACAAUGCAGAGUAAAGUGUAA